UGGAUAUUGAAUUUUUAUUUGCAGAACAGUACCAUCUAGUGGACUCAUCCAUGUACUAGCAUGAUAACCAAUCGGAUCGAAAUAAAAUUGGAUAUUAAUAUAUCAUUUCUAAAAUGAAAAGAACUACAAAUAAAUGUCAAGCAUACGUGUCGAGCGUGGAAGACAGCGAGAAUGAAAGCGAUGAAACAGAAUGUAGUAUUGGUAGUAAUUCCACAGCCGGUACUCAUCGUAGUGAUACACCAACUCGUAAUGCUCGCUAUAAAAGGAAAGGAAGACGAAGAAGUAAGACAGCAAAGAGUAAACCUUGCAAUGACAAACAGCUUUACAAAUUUUGUUGUAGUAUAAAAGAAGAUCACGGUCAACCGCUCUUUGGAGUACAAUUUAAUCAUCACUUGAAAGGAGAUCAACCGUUAAUGUUUGCUUCUGUAGGAGGAACUCGAGUAAGCAUUUAUGAAUGUCCGCCAAAUGGUAACAUUAAAUUACGUCAAUGUUAUACCGAUCCUGAUUCAGAAGAAAUUUUUUAUACGUGUACUUGGACUUACGACGAUAAUCAAAAACCAUUAUUAGCUGUGGCAGGAUCUCGAGGAGUUAUAAGAGUAAUUAGUACAGUAUCCAUGACUUGUAUCAAACAUUACAUAGGUCAUGGUCAUGCAAUAAACGAAUUGAAAACUCAUCCUAAAGAUUGCAACAUAUUACUAUCUGCAUCUAAGGAUCACGCAUUGAGAUUAUGGAAUAUUAAGUCGGAUGUAUGUAUAGCAAUUUUUGGUGGUGUAGAAGGCCAUAGAGAUGAAGUAUUAAGUGCAGAUUUUGACAUAUUGGGUCAGCGAAUUAUUUCAUGUGGAAUGGAUCAUGCUUUGAAACUGUGGUCGUUAACCAAGCCGAAUAUGAAGGCAGCUAUUGAUCAGUCAUAUCAUUCUAAUCUUAGUAGAAAUGGAAGACCAUUUGACUCUAUACUUCAACAUUUUCCAGACUUCACGACACGUGAUGUACAUCGCAAUUAUGUUGAUUGUGUUAAGUGGUAUGGCGACUUUAUUUUAAGCAAAUCUUGUGAGAAUUGUAUUGUAUGUUGGAAACCAGGACGUCUUGAAAAUGAUAAAUUAAAUAAUGGAGAAACAAGUGCUACUGUUUUACAUCGUUUCGAAUUCAAAGAGUGUGAUAUUUGGUUUAUUAGAUUUUCUAUGGAUUUUAUGCAAAGUACUAUAGCUUUAGGAAAUCAAAUUGGUAAAACAUAUGUAUGGGACUUGGAAGUUGAUGAACCUGGUCAAGCACGUUGUUGGACUCUAAUAAAUCCACGUUGUAAUGCAGCAAUACGACAAACUAGCUUAAGUCGAGAUGGCAAAGUACUAUUGUGUGUUUGCGACGAUGCUACCAUAUGGAGAUGGAAUCGUGAAAGUCGUGACAAUCGUGAAAAUCAUGGUCGUGUUAAGGUUCGCACAACAGCUGAACAAGAGGAGAUUCAAAAGAAAAAAAAAGCUAAGAAAUUAGCCGAGUAUAAGAUUGCUAUGACCGAGAUAUUUAAAAAGAGGGAAGAAAAAAUAUGGGAUGACGAUAUGUUAUUUCUGACGGAGAAAGUCCUUUUAGAAAAUUCAGAUAUUCAUACAUUGUGGAACAUACGUCGGGAAGCGUUUCAAAAUAAUAAUCGGAACGAAGAAAAUUAUACAAACAUACUUGAAAAAGAGUUAACGUUGACUGAAAAUUGUUUAAGAAAUAAUCCUAAGUCUUAUAGCGUGUGGCAUCAAAGAUGGUGGGUAAUGGAACAUUUACAAAAACCUGAUUGGAUUAAAGAAUUAACGUUAUGUACAAAAUGUCUUAAUCUAGAUGAAAGAAAUUUUCAUUGUUGGGAUUAUAGAAAAUACGUGGUAGAGAAAGCAGGAAUAUCUGAUCACGCAGAAUAUGAAUAUUCUACGACUAAAAUAUUAAAGAAUUUUUCUAAUUACUCGUCGUGGCAUUACAGAAGUAAAGUUCUUACUAAAUUAUUUUCUAGCGAUUCCCAAGAAAUACCAAUUACACGAAAGAAAUGGGAAGAAGAACUUGAUCUAGUUAGAGAUGCAACGUUUACGGAUCCUAAUGAUACGAGUGCAUGGUUUUAUCAGAGAUGGCUUUUAGAUGAUUAUAAACCUAAAUCUCAUUGCAUAUUAUGGAGAUCUCGUGUUACAACUGACACAGUCGACGUUGUAUUUGAUAAUGAAAUAUCUGGAUUGUCUGAAAAUAUUUCAUUAUUUAUUGAUAAUAAUAAAAUAGAUAUUCAAUGGAGAUCGUACACGGAAAAAAGAUUUUCUAAAGUAUGGACUGGUAUAUUAUCUAUUCCACUAGAGAAUUUAAGCGAUUUAAAAAACGUUUGCAUUAAUGUCCAAGAUAAAGAAUAUCAAUUUAAUUAUUCGCAUCAAGAAAGUGCAUGGAUAUAUAAAAAUAAUUUGCCAAUUAAUGAGAAUCAUAACAAAGAACAAUUGCAAUAUCAAUUAGUAAGUUACAAACAGUUAGCACAAAUGGAACCAAGUAAUAAAUGGGUUAUAUUAGUUGGUAUCUUUCUUAUGAAAAAACUUGAUUUUACUCGUUUUUAUGAAACUAUACUGGAAGACGUAAAUACAUUAUACAAUCUUGAUACUCUACGUUCAUAUUAUUAUAAGGAUUUACGUUGCCAAUAUAUAGUGGAAUAUAUGUUUUCAAAACUGUGGGGAACAGAGAAAGAUUUAGAAAUAUAUAAAAAGAUUGAUUUAAGCGAAUUAUCUUUAACAAAGCUUCACAAUAAUCAAUAUUUUGCAUUUUUUGAUGAAGUAAGUCUUAAUGAAAACGAAUUAGCAAACUCAUUGCAUCAAUUCUCAACUUUACAAUAUUGUAAAAAGUUAGAUUUAUCUCGUAAUAAGAUUAAGUCACUGAAAUAUUUUCCUACAUUAAGUAAUUUAGAGUUCUUAUCUUUACGGUCUAACGAAAUAUCAGAUAUAAAUGAAAUAGUAGAUCUCAUAAAAAGACAGGAUAAGUUAAUGACAUUAGAUUUAAAGGAUAAUCCUGUUUAUGAUUCUUAUAAUGAUAAGGAUGAGAUUUUAAAAAUUCUUAAAGAAGACAAUGCUAAUUCGAAAAUAUCCAUAUUAUAGAAAAUAUAUCAAUAUUUUCAAGUGAG